ACCCAAACCUUAAACUAGAUUUUUCUUCAUCUCCAUCUCGCAGCCGCCGGUGAGAACUCGUCGCCGAAGCUCCGACGGAAGUCGCAAGCGUGGAUAGAGAACCAAGGUGGUCUGCAAAGAUGAGGAUACAGCCGGAGCCGCCAUACAUUCUCCAAUUGACCGAUUACAAAAAAAUCUCGUAUAGAGGAACACCCACAACCAAACCAAAAAAGAUCUCAGCCGAGAAAACCCAGAUCUGUAGAGGUAGUUGCAGAAGACUACGAAAUCCUUCAUGGCAUGGCAAGGUAGAGAAGAAGAAGGAGCUUUGUUCGUGGUUUGAAGAUCUUGAGCAACAAAGGAAGACAAAAGCCUGCAAAUCAUCUUAAGAACGGAUCUGUGGUUAUAUCCUAGAGUUUUAGAUCUAAGAGAUGACCACAGAUUUGAUCUUCAAUGACCGAAAUCAAAGGCAAAACAAAGAGAAAUCACCACUAGGGGUGAGGAAUCACUAGAAGGAUGAGGAAUCACCACCUAGGUGAAGGAGAUCAAAGCAAAGAUCUAAGCAAAAGGAAGGCCGGAAGAUGAGAGAGUUUGAAGUUUUAACGAGAGAAACAGAAGCAACAUGAGAAAAUAGUAAAGGAAGAAGAUCAUGCAGUUGAACAAUGUGAUACUCCUCCAUCCAAGAACGACACCGAAAAGCACGAAAAGGAUAAUUGUGAAGCAGACAAUUUUGAAGGUUCGGAGACUUCUAUCACUAAAUCUGAAGAAACACAGGUGCUCAACCAGGUCGAGCCUCCUGUUGUUGUUGAGGCUGAGAAGGCUGAUCAUGUUCCAGUCCAAAAUGAGGAAGCAGAUCAUGAGUGUCAACCCCUUGAAGCGGUUGAAAAUGUGCCGGAGGGGGAGAAACCAUCAGUUGAAGCAGUUGAAAAGGAGGAGAAAAUAGCAAUUGAAGCAGUUGAGAAGGUGGAGCAGACACAAACUAUUGAAGCAAUUGAGAAUGAAGAAUCAGAGAAGGCACAGACUACUGAAGCAGUAGUUGAAAGUGAACCAGAGAUGACAAAACCUAUUGAAGAUGACAAGAAUAAACCAGUGGAGGAAAUAACAAUUGCAGUGGUUGACAAAGAAGCAGACCAACCACCUGUAGAGAAAGUAGCAAUUGAAGCUGUUGACAAUGAGCCAGAAACCCAAGCUAGUGAAGCAUGUGAGCAAAAAGAAGUGAAGAACAUAGCAAUUGAAGCAGUUGAGAAAGAAUCAGAGAAACAAGCUACUGAAGCUUGUGAGGAUAAAGCAGUGGAGAAAAUAGCAAUUGAAGCAGUUGAGAAAGAAUCAGAGAAGACAGAAGCCCUUGAAGCAGAUGAAAAUAAACAUGAAGAGACACCAACCAUUGAAGAACAGAUAGAUGAGAAGGCAGAAGUUGAAUCUGUUGAGUCUAAUCCAUCAAGUGCAAUAGUCAAGCCUGCUGAAGAAAAUGUUGAGGGUGAGAAGGAGACUACUACUGAUGAGGGAAAGACUGCUUGCGAGUUAACAACGAAUGAGGAAGCUCAAACGGUGGAGAAAGAUGCAGAUGUGGUUGAUAAUGUUAUGGAGGAGACAAUGCAGUGUGAAAAAGAUGCAGAGAAGGAAGAAGAGAGUUUGAAAGAAGCACAAGCAACUAAAGAGAGUGAUGAAAAAACUGAAGAAGCAUCAUUGGAACACGAAGUAGAGAAAACCGGGGAUACUACUAAUGAGCUUAAAGAUGCAACAGAUCAAGUUAUUGAAAAAACAAUAGAGGGGGAGCAGAAGAGUGAUAGAGAUUUAGUUGAGGGAUUAGUCAAAGAAGAUGAGUAUAAGGACAUUAAGGUGAAUGGAGAAGAAGCAAAAAACGAUUCCAAAACUGAUGCGACCCCAACUCUUGAGUCAUGCAAAGAUGGUGAUCAUGAGAUUCAAACAUCGAAAGACCAAGUACAAGAUGUUUCAGCUAAACCAGCACAUAAGCAAUCAGGUAACAAUAUCAUAUCAAAGGUGAAGCAAUCUUUAGUGAAGGUGAAGAAAGCUAUAAUUGGGAAAUCUCCCAGCUCAAAAGUCCUUUCACCAGAAAUCAAAGGAGAUCAAGAAAAUGUGAAAUAGUCUCUAGGUGGCUGAUUGAAUUGGUGUGCCUCAUUUGGUGUACACAGGAGGCCAAGGACCAUGCUUUCUUUUUGUUUGGUGUGGGAUUUUGCAAGAUUUUGUAGUAAUUACUUGUGUUUGUUUUGGGUCAGAACUAUGUGAUUUUUGAAAUGUAAUUACAUUGUACUCUGUAAUGAAUUGUUUUGUUCUUCUAUUUCAUUUUUAAGUUAUAGUCAUUGUUAAUU